UGGCAUGGAAGUUCCAUAGGUGGUAUAUUUUCUUAAGCAAACACUUUGCGGCUACAACUAUUGAGUAAGGAAAAAUUUUCUUCAUUAACAGAAAGGAAAUAAAGAUGUACGCAAAAUCAAAAGGUGACCCACCAUUAUACACAAACGCAAGAAACAUUCAAUUAUUUAGAGACAUUAAUGUAGUGGGAAAAAACAAAAGAAUGGUAUGAAGGAAUACAAAAGCAUGCUUUACGCUAAUCCCUAUGUUGUGUAAUAACUUUAAACCAUUUUCUCUAGCAGAGCCCCACAACUUUAAACCAUUUUUCAACCAGUCACAAUAGCUACAAUGGGUCCUCAGUAAUAUAUAAUUUAUGUAUAUUGUUAAAAAAAGAUUGCCUACAUAUACAAUACACAAUUACAUAAUCGCACAUUUAGUAAAAUAAUGUAUUAAAAAACCAAAUAUAGUAUCACAUGACAAACUAAUAUAUGUUAUAUUGGUAACACCAUAAAUAUAAUUUUGAUAUAAAAAAUAUGUUGGAUUUUGGCUAUCAAAAUUAUGUUAUUGGCGUCAUAUGAUUCAUAUAUAUAUAAUUUGUGUAAUUUUUAAUAAAUUCUUUUUAUCCGGAUUUGUGGUCAUGUAGUGGUGUAUUAUUCUUCUAGCUACUAAUCACAUUUUCUAUAUUAUUGUAUUUUCAUUUGUUUUUUGUGUUUUGUUAGUUUUUUUUAUUUUAUUUUAGUGAAUUCUAUUACACAUGCUCCUAUUUUAAGAAACUUGAAACUAUUGUGUGUAAAGAAGUGAAUUCUCACAAAAUACUGAUGAGUCGAUAAUUGGUUAAGCGGACUCCAUAAAUCUUUUGAUUUCUUUUAUUGGAAAAGAUGAAAUUGUACAAAAUCUCACUUUAUCUUCUCACAAAGAAAUCAGAUUUGUUCCAAAGUACAUCUCUCUCCGUGCACUUACACAUCACAAAGAAUCUCUUUAGUAGUCUCUCUUUAUGAAAAGAAAAGAAAGAAAAACAACAGAGAAUGUUAUCUCAAUUUAAAACUUUGGUUUCAGACCCAUUAGUCUUAUUCCUUUUAUUAUCUAUCACUUUUGGUAUGACAAAUUUAUUUCAAACCACAGUAUGUUUAUAUUAAUUCAUUACCCCUUAUCUCACAUGGAAUGAAGCAUAUUCACAUUUCUUGUUCCACAAGUACCUUUACCAUAACCUUCCUUGAUCUCUACUCAAGGAACUUCAAAGUAAUCCCUGACAACUUCAUCAUCUUCUUAUACCACGUCUUGAUUUUUCUCUAAGAACCAAACAUAACCCAAAACCUAGGAGAGAAAAUGGGAGACCAAGGAGUGCAACAGAUGCAGCAACCUGUUGUAGUGUAUCCAACCGCAUAUACUAAACAGUAUCCAUAUCAAUCCUCUUCGUCUUCAUCUUCCUCUGGCUCUCGCGGUUCUUUUGGUACAGUCUUCAUAGUCCUAGCCGUAAUCCUUGUCUUGUCAGUUCUGGCUUGUGUCUUCGGGAGGCUAUGCAACCGUGAAAGCCGUGCCGCUAAGCAGGACCACAGCAAGCAACCAAAGCAUGAGAAAGGGUCGUCUAAGAAGAGCCGUGAGAUACGUCCUGUGGACCGUGAGCCGAGGGAGAGAGGUGAUUUGGAGUUUGGGUUGGAUAUGAAACGGCCUGAGCAUGUUGAGAAACCCUCUGGAAGAGGUUACGGAGAGGAUAUAGAAUUGGGAUUUGAUAACAAGAGAGAAGAAAGAGGCAGAGGAGGACCACCUCCUCCUCCGGUUAUCAAACAUGGAGUGAGGUUCAAGUUACCGGAAAAUGGAAACCAUCAUGCUAAAGGCGAAGUCAGACGUGGAGGUCCUGACUUUGAGUUCCGACCAAGGCACUAAUGAUCUUGUUUUGUCCAAAAACAAACCACUUAUGCUUAUUAUAUCUUACUGCUUCUCUUUUUUUCUUCUUUUGUGUUUUUUUUUUCCCUUUUCUGGCUUGAUCUUGUGGGUAUGGAACUUAGAGCUGAAGCUAUCAAACUUCUUAGUCUCUAAAUAAUAAAUCAUACAUAUGUAUUAUGUUAAUUCUGUAAGGAAUUUUGGCAAAAUUAAAAAAAAAAUCAACAAAUUUCUGGAAGAA